AUGCUCACAGUCCAGGUUCGAUUGAUCAGCAACUUGGGCUUUCCUGGAGACGCACUGGCAGUCUUCCAAACCAUUGUAGAGGAUUUCCCUAGCGAGGAGAAGGAGAAGCAGCUCAGGGCAGCAGGGGUCGACAGCAUGAGCGUCAUGACGCUGGCGCAGCUGCGGCGCUUCGAGGAGGAGAUGUCUGUCAAGCGGUUAUCCUUAUCAGUGCAAGAUGAGGGAUCUCCGUCGUGGCAGUUCGCGCAAUUCUUGAAGAGAAGUCGGCAGAAUUUGCUCAGAGCAUGGCGACUGGACUUGGAUGUGAAACAAAACGGAACCGUCACGUUUGUGGACUUCGCGAGCGCCUGUCGCCGGCUUGGGCUUCAGGGCCAGUGCCGGCAAAUAUGGACAUCGCUCCGUCCCACCGAUGACAAAGCGCUCGAGUUUGCUGAGCUGGCCCCAUAUGAAGCUGCCCACGUCGAGGAGUUUGCGGAGCUGAUCUGGGAGGCUUCUGGCUACGACUUGGAUAAGGCCUGGCGCUUAUUCGAUUACGACCAGAAGAACAAGAUGACGAAGGCGGACUUCGUCCAGAGUGCACAGCACCUGGGCUUUCGAGGCAAUGCAGAGCUACUGUUCAAAGGUUUGGAUGCAACCGGACUUGGCUGGAUUUGGCGUGAUGACUUCGAGUACAUCCCAAAGGUGUCACAGGUUGCCCGACAGAGACUGCACGGUGCUGAAGGACCCCUUGCCAGCCUGGUGCGCUUUGCCCAGCGUGAGAUGGGAGGCGCUGAGGAGAUGAUUUCGAAGCUGGGACUUGGUGGUGCGCAAAGUGAGGUCACUGUUUGUGACCUGGCCGCUCGCCUCACCGCGCUCGGAUUUGAUGGGGAUGCUCAGCGUGCAGCCGUGCAUGCUGCAAAGUGCGACAGUGGAAGUGGCACCAAAGUUUCGGCAGAGAAGUUGUUCAAGAUUCUAAGCGCGCAAAAGAAGGAGAAGCCCGGAGUAUCCAACCGAGGUGAUGUGGCAGCAGCUUCCCCGACUGUCUUCAUGCGCAAGCGAUCCACUGGCGCAGGCCUAAAGCCAAAGAUGUUGGCAAAGAAGAAGCCAGCAUCCCCGGCUUCGCAACAUCCUCCCUGGAACAGCAGUGUGCAAGACCUUUGCGUUUCGAACAAGCUGCAUCCGAGCCUGCGGUUUUACUUCGCCGACUUCGACCCUGGUCACAGGGAAAAGAAGCAGGCAGCUUGUCAGGCCAUGAAGGAGGCAGCCAAGACUUCCUCCAAGUUUACGCCGCCAGCCAGGACCUCUCACAGUAGCAGUGGCACAAGGUCCUCCGGAAUGCGACAGGCCAUUCAUCCAAGCUGGGUUACGUCACUGCCAGCAGAAAGCGAGAACACGCCGAGGCCGUGCAGGAGAUAUUUCGAGAGCGCUGAACACAAGCCGGUAAGGGACGAAGUGCAUGACCUGCUACGAAUGCGCGCGGCUCAUGUUCCUGGCCUCCAAGAUGGAGGCCGGUUGUUGGAUUGUUCCCCACCCUCGGUGUGGGGUUGUUAG